AAGAGGUGGGUCCCAUUGUGCAGCUGCAGCUAUUGGUCGGGAGGAGCAGCACAGCCAUUGACCAUGGUCCUCCGGAGGCCCUAAUAAUGCUCUCUCAUGUAGCAGGAAUCUUUGGAUAAAAGCAGCUGCCUUCUGGCCUCACUCUCUCACUCACUCACCCACUGCAGCUACUCGUCUUUUUUAGAGAGAGAUAGAGAGAGAGGGGCGAAAGAAGUUUUGCCUAACAAAAUGGCUCACAGCUCAAGAAGCGAAGGGGUUUCACUGUACCUGCUUUUGGUAGCUCUUAUCGCUGUAGCUCUCGCCGAAGAUGGUCCGCUGCCAAACGGGGAUUUCGAGACCACGCCGGCGGGAGGGUUUCCGAAGGAGGGAUCGACGGGCGGGCCCACGGAGAUCCCGAGCUGGAAAACGAAGGGGACGGUGGAACUGGUGGAGUCGGGGCAGAAGCAGGGGGCGAUGAUCCUAGUGGUGCCGCAGGGGAUGCACGCCGUGCGCCUCGGCAAUGACGCCCAGGUCACCCAGGAGGUGGCGGUGGACAAGGGGUUCAACUACUCCUUGACAUUCUCCGCCGCCCGCACCUGCGCGCAGCUGGAGUCGCUGAACGUGUCGGUGGCGCCGGCGAUGCAGUCGCAGACCAUCGACCUGCAGACGCUGCACUCAGUGCAGGGUUGGGACAUGUACGCGGUGGCGUUCCUGGCGGAGGAGGAUAGAGCACAGGUGACGUUCAGUAAUCCGGGCAUGGAGGAGGACCCCACUUGCGGCCCCAUCCUCGAUGAUGUCGCCGUGAAGAAGCUUUUCACCCCCGACCGACCCAAGGAAAACGCCGUCGUUAACGGCGACUUCGAAGAGGGUCCAUGGAUGUUCCGAAACGUUUCGCUCGGCGUACUGCUGCCCACCAACUUCGACGAAGGAACGACGCCAUUGCCGGGCUGGAUCGUGGAAUCGAACCGGGCGGUCCGGUACGUGGACUCCUACCACUUCUCAGUGCCGGAGGGGAAGAGGGCCGUCGAGCUCAUCUCCGGCAAGGAAGGCAUCAUCUCCCAAAUGGUUCAAACCAAGCCCGACAAGCCCUACAGGAUGAGCUUCUUGCUCGGCGAGGCCGGCGACAACUGCGGCCAGUCGCUGGCGGUGCACGCCUUCGCCGGCGACCAGGCCCAGGUCUACCAUUACACUGCCAAUGCUAACGUGAGCUACCAGAGCGCAAGCCUGAAUUUCACGGCCAAGGCUGACAGGACACGUGUCGCUUUCUACAGCGUCUACUACAACGUGAAGCGGGACGAUUUCAGCUCUCUGUGUGGGCCCGUGGUGGACGACGUCAGGGUGUGGCUCUCGGGGUCUGCCAAGCAGCGUGGGCUUAGAUGGUUGGGAUUGGGCCUUGGAUUUGGGCUCUGGGUUCUGGUUUUGGUUUAGGAGCCCAUUUGGUGGGCGGAGUUUAUGGUCUGCCGGGCCUGUAGCUAGUUUUGUGGGUCCAUGUAAGCGUGUGAUCCGGUUGUUGUAUGUGAAAUAGCUUUGGUUUGUAAUUUUGCUCAGAAAAUGAGAAUCUUUUGCUAUAAUUUGACGUCGGCUGGUGUAUGUAUUAUUUUA